AUGCGUAUAUAUAAAAUUGAUCAGGUUCUGAUUCGUUAUGCAUUUGAUGAUUGUUCGCAGGAUGAUGAUACGGAUAAAUCUGAGCUAAAAUCGGAAGGAGCGUUGAAAGAGAUGGAUGAUAGAGAAGGCUCGUUCGUUGCUGUUAGGCGAAUCUCUCAGGGACUCGAACGCGGAAGCGUUUACAAUUUCUCCUCUGUUUCAUUUGUUUUUGAAACUGCAGAGGGUGUGCCUGGAUCAGCAGCUUCGUUAGGCCGAGGUCUUUUCUGUGUUUGUGCUCAGCGAAGAGAUAGUGACACUAAUUCCACCUUUGAUCUAACACCUGCUCAGGAGGAAUCCUUGCAGAGUUUGCAGAACCGUAUUGAUGUAGCUUAUGACAGCACAAUACCUUUGGACCAGGAAGCUCUGAUGGAUCUAUGGAAACUUGCCUUUCCUGAAGAAGAGCUUCAUGGAUUGAUAUCUGAGCAGUGGAAAGAGAUGGGUUGGCAGGGCAAAGAUCCGUCUACUGAUUUUAGGGGUGGUGGUUUCAUAUCGCUUGAAAACUUGCUGUACUUCGCUAGGAACUUUCAGAAAUCCUUCCAGGAUCUGUUGAGGAAGCAGGUGGGGGAUAGGUCCGUAUGGGAGUACCCUUUUGCCGUUGCUGGUAUCAAUCUAACAUUCAUGCUCAUUCAGAUGCUUGAUCUUGAAGCAGUAAAACCACGAACAGUUGUUGGGGCAACUUUUUUGAAGUUCCUUUCCGCAGAGAACGAGUCUGCCUUUGACCUUCUAUAUUGCAUUGCAUUCAAGCUAAUGGAUCAACAAUGGCUUUCAAUGCGUGCUUCAUACAUGGAGUUCAACACGGUGAUGAAAUCAACAAGGAGACAGCUGGAGAGAGAGCUGAUGCUGGAAGACAUAAUGCAUCUUGAAGACUUGCCCUCCUACGCCCUUCUCUCUCAAUAG